AUGACUGUGAUGUUUCUUGUUAUAAAUGAUCCUGUGUUUGAGCAUGCCUAUAAACCCCUCUAUUUCAACCCUGCUCCACCCACCAAGAAUUGGACUGAAGUCAGAGUCCAUCCACCUUCAUAUAAGGGGACUGUGGUGAGAGCUGUGAGCCAGCUGGAGGAGACGAUCAGUGAACAGAUGAAGCGGCUCUAUAAGGUGGAGCUGAAGAGGGUCCAGCAGUAUGAGGUGGAUGUGACACUCGAUCCUGAUACAGCAAAUCCCUAUCUCAUCCUGUUUGAUGAUGGAAAACAAGUUAAAGAUGGUGAUGCAAAGAAGAAUCUCCCAGACACUCCAGAGAGAUUUGAUACUUGUCCUAUUGUCUUUGCAAAGCAGAGUUUCUCUUCAGGCAGAUUUUACUACGAGGUUCAGGUUAAAGGGAAGACAAAGUGGGAUUUAGGAGUGGCCAAAGAGUCGAUCAACAGGAAGGGACAAAUCUUUCUGUCUCAUCAGUAUGGUUUCUGGACAAUAUGUUUGAGGAAUGAAAACGAGUAUGAAGCUUGUGCUGGCCCACCAGUCAGUCUUUCUCUGAAGUCUGGUCCUGAGAAGGUGGGGGUGUUUGUGGAUUAUGAGGAGGGUGUGGUCUCCUUUUAUGACGUCGAUGCUGCAGCUCUGAUCUACUCCUUCACUGAGAAACUCUACCCAUACUUUGAUCCCUGUGUUAACAAUGCUGGUAAAAACUCUGCCCCUCUGAUCAUCUCUCCUCAACAGGCUAUGUAA